UAAGCUGGCGCGAGGUGUAUGAACACCGACUAUUGUUUUCGGCCAUGCGAGGAUUAAGCAAGUUCAUUCAUCUUGAACAGCUGCUCCGCACUUGCAUCCCGGUAAGAAAUCCAGUCCCCGUUUCUACAUAUCCAAACGAAACCGUUCGGCGCAGGCGAUGUUUGCCCACACAGAUCGUGCGAGCGGUGGCCGACGUCGGCUACGUAGUCGGAUGGAAAUUCCCACGCCCGAUUAUACCCAUGUUUCUGACUAUAAAGACGUAUAUGAACCCGCAGAAGAUACAUUUUUAUUGCUUGACGCAUUGGAAAAGGAGAAAAGCUUUUUGGAGUCUGUAAGACCAACCAUUACUGUUGAAGUUGGUUCUGGAUCUGGUGUUGUUUCAGCUUUUGUUUCAAAGAUAUUGGGAAACUCUGCUCUAUAUUUUUGUACAGAUCGCAACCACAGAGCUGCUUUAUGUUCAAACGAAACAUUUAAAGUGAACAAAGCAAAUGUGAAUGUAGUUGUUACAGAUUUGGUCAGUGGUUUGUUGCCAAAACUGAAGAACAGUGUUGACCUUCUGAUUUUCAACCCCCCAUAUGUGGUCACUCCAUCGGAUGAAAUAAAAGGAUCUGGCAUCACUGCUUCGUGGGCAGGUGGAAUGCAUGGAAGGGAAGUAAUGGACAAAUUUUUUCAACUUGUUCCAACUCUGUUAUCUGACAAGGGUGUGUUGUACUUGGUUGUGAUCAAGGAGAAUAAACCAGAUGAGAUCAAGGCAUUGUUUUCAAAUAUGGGAUUUCUAUGUGAUGUUGUUAUGACUAGAAGAUCUGGACCAGAGUUUUUGAUGAUAUUGAAAUUUACCCGAAAGAGCACCAAUAACAGGACAGACAACUCCGGGUCUUUAUGUUUGUCAAGUGGGAAGAAUUCAUCCUGAUGACCCAAGUAAACCGAUUUCCAACAUAAAAUAUGACUUAUCGUUUCCCACAAUGGAUGAAAUUGAACCUGUUCAAGUUGGGCCUUGGAAUCGAUUCGAAACAACAUAUGGUUUAAAUUUUCCAGAUAGCCAAGGUCCGAUAGACAGACGUUAUACUCCAACAUCACACAAAGCUCCUCUUCCUCCUGGAGCAAAGUCUCCUCCAUCUUUAGAAUCUAUUAAUCCUCUCAUCUCUCAUUCGAUGCUGAUCUCAAACAACAGCAGAGACUGGAACAAAAUUUCGGAAAAAAAAUAAAAAAAAACUUAUAUUUAUUAAGUUUCUUUUUUUUAGUAUUUUAGUUUCACAUGAAAACUUAUGCAAUGCAUGUAAUCCGCAUUAUCUGCAUGACAAAUGCGACGAUGAGGAAUACCUCACUAACAUAAAACUAACUUUCAAAUCUAUAAUUUAUAAACUUUCCACAAAACAAUUAUAUUGAAUUUGUAAAGUAAAAGUUUUUAAACAACA